GAUUCAUGCCCGGUGCCUCCAGAUGGACACAGCCCAGCUUCAAAAUGUGCAAACCGCUGACUGGAAUUGCUGUCCGUGUCAAAAAUAAUUCCACAAUCAGUAUGCGCUAUGUCAUUUUUUUUUUUAUAUGUGACACUGUUUACUUCGUCUGUGUAUGAAAGGGUCGCCUAAAACACAUAUUUUGCCUUUCAUAGUAUAACCAUCUGCAAAAGCAACACUGGUAUUGUUUUCACUUUGUGAGUCUGUGUGCAAGUCCCCAGGUGUUUAUAAUGCUAUCUCUCUGUGGACAGAUUUUCUCAUCCCGAUAGUAACCGUGAACGAUGCAGUCACAGAACUUUACAAGUGUUGUUUUAUAUCAAAGUGAAGGCCGCGUUUGAAGAUUGGUGUGGCCCAACAAUGGCACCUGAAUUACGAGGUUAACAGGACGGGGUUGAUCUGGACUUUUACGCCCCUUAACCAAUUUAUCGUCAUGGCUGUUUAGGUUUUCUAAAUUUGUUUUAGUUUUAAUAUCACAGUUGAGUGAUAUUUUGUGUUUUUUACAUAAAGGUUUCAGGUUCACAUUUUAUACAAAAUGACAUAAAUUUUUUUUUUUACCUUGUUAUAAAGAACAAAGCUUUUGACAAGUUUUUUUUUAUAAAAAGCAUUUUUUCCCUCCAUUGUUGGCGUUAUGUAUGUAUUUGUUAUAUAUUCCCUGUACUUACAAGAUUUGCAAUAGUGAAAUGGUGAUAAAUAAUCAAGCUCGAAGGGAGCAAAGGAGCCACAGUUGGUGCCAAUUCAAAAAAUAUUAUAAAAUAUAACACUACUUAUUGAACAGAGCAUAAUACAUAGGAAGACAAAUUGUAUUUGUAGUGUAAAGGGGUACCCCAAUCUAACCUAAGCAUUAUCCCUAUAAAAGGAUAAGAUGAUUUUUACAUAUGGGUGCGGCUGGAAGAGAGGGUAAAACAGUUACAGAUUCCAAGAAAAGGGACUAGUCAUAGGAAUGGGAAUAGAAGCAUAUCAGUCUCACUCUGGAACUAUUGAGCUAACUGUUUUUAUAGUACUUUGAAAUAUCCAGAAAUGAUGUAUUCCACAGUGGAAAUGUUAGACUUUACUUUGAAAUAUCUCUUAAUUUAUACAGUAAAAAUGUCUGAUAUUAAGUAUGUGGGUAGUCAGAGAGGUCUUGAACACAGUUAUAUCAGUCUCACACUGGAAUUAUUGGGCAAAAUCUUUUUAUAGUACUUUGAAAUAUUCAGAAAUGAUUUAUUACACAGUAGAAAUGUUGCACUUUACUUUGAAAAAACUCUUAAUCUAUACAGUAAAAAUGUCUGAUAUUGAGUGUGUGGGUAGCCUGAGAGGUCCUUAACACAGGCAUAUCAGUCUCACACUGGAGUUAUUCUGACGUGAAAGGUCCUGAACACAGGCACAUCAGUCUCACACUGGAAUUAUUGGGCAAAGUCUUUUUAUAGUACUUUGAAAUAUCCAGAAAUGAUGUAUUCCACAGUGGAAAUGUUGGACUUUACUUUGAAAUAUCUCUUAAUCUGUAUAGUAAAAAUGUGUGAUAUUCAGUAUGUGGGUAGUCAGAGAGGUCCUGAACACAGUUAUAUCAGUCUCACACUGGAAUUAUUGGGCAAAGUCUUUUUAUAGUACUUUGAAAUAUCCAGAAAUGAUGUAUUCCACAGUGGAAAUGUUGGACUUUACUUUGAAAUAUCUCUUAAUCUGUAUAGUAAAAAUGUCUGAUAUUCAGUAUGUGGGUAGUCAGAGAGGUCCUGAACACAGUUAUAUCAGUCUGACACUGGAAUUAUUGGGCAAAGUCUUUUUAUAGUACUUUGAAAUAUCCAGAAAUGAUGUAUUCCACAGUGGAAAUGUUGGACUUUACUUUGAAAUAUCUCUUAAUCUGUAUAGUAAAAAUGUCUGAUAUUCAGUAUGUGGGUAGUCAGAGAGGUCCUGAACACAGUUAUAUCAGUCUCACACUGGAAUUAUUGGGCAAAGUCUUUUUAUAGUACUUUGAAAUAUCCAGAAAUUAUGUAUUCCACAGUGGAAAUGUUGGACUUUACUUUGAAAUAUCUCUUAAUCUGUAUAGUAAAAAUGUCUGAAAUUCAGUAUGUGGGUAGUCAGAGAGGUCCUGAACACAGUUAUAUCAGUCUCACACUGGAAUUAUUGGGCAAAGUCUUUUUAUAGUACUUUGAAAUAUCCAGAAAUGAUCUAUUACACAGUGGAAAUGUUGGACUUUACUUUGAAAUAUCUCUUAAUCUGUAUAGUAAAAAUGUGUGAUAUUCAGUAUGUGGGUAGUCAGAGAGGUCCUGAACACAGUUAUAUCAGUCUCACACUGGAAUUAUUGGGCAAAGUCUUUUUAUAGUACUUUGAAAUAUCCAGAAAUGAUGUAUUCCACAGUGGAAAUGUUGGACUUUACUUUGAAAUAUCUCUUAAUCUGUAUAGUAAAAAUGUCUGAUAUUCAGUAUGUGGGUAGUCAGAGAGGUCCUGAACACAGUUAUAUCAGUCUGACACUGGAAUUAUUGGGCAAAGUCUUUUUAUAGUACUUUGAAAUAUCCAGAAAUGAUGUAUUCCACAGUGGAAAUGUUGGACUUUACUUUGAAAUAUCUCUUAAUCUGUAUAGUAAAAAUGUCUGAUAUUCAGUAUGUGGGUAGUCAGAGAGGUCCUGAACACAGUUAUAUCAGUCUCACACUGGAAUUAUUGGGCAAAGUCUUUUUAUAGUACUUUGAAAUAUCCAGAAAUUAUGUAUUCCACAGUGGAAAUGUUGGACUUUACUUUGAAAUAUCUCUUAAUCUGUAUAGUAAAAAUGUCUGAAAUUCAGUAUGUGGGUAGUCAGAGAGGUCCUGAACACAGUUAUAUCAGUCUCACACUGGAAUUAUUGGGCAAAGUCUUUUUAUAGUACUUUGAAAUAUCCAGAAAUGAUGUAUUCCACAGUGGAAAUGUUGGACUUUACUUUGAAAUAUCUCUUAAUCUGUAUAGUAAAAAUGUCUGAAAUUCAGUAUGUGGGUAGUCAGAGAGGUCCUGAACACAGUUAUAUCAGUCUCACACUGGAAUUAUUGGGCAAAGUCUUUUUAUAGUACUUUGAAAUAUCCAGAAAUGAUCUAUUACACAGUAGAAAUGUUGCACUUUACUUGACCACGAAAAGACGAACGUCUGCUCACUUGACCGUAGUGAAAGACUGGCGCCAGAAAACACACUGGAAAUCGUUUAUCAACGAUAUAAAUGGCAUAUUAUACAUUAUAUAAAUGAUCAAAUAAGCAUCCCAUACUUUUGCUUUUCCUGCUGUUCUCCUGGAGUUUCAAUUUCCCAGAUCCCCCCCCCCCCCCCCCCCAUGAUACAAUUUCAAGCACACAGGCAGGCAGACAGACAGAGCCGGAAAGAGAGGGGAACCCACAUUGAACAGAGCAUACAACAACCAGCGGAGAAAGCAGAAUCACGGGCUGACCAGCGCGGAGAAAUGCGUGUCCGGUAUGAACAGCCAGGAGGAUGCGCGCUGGGCGGCGCUGCGUGGCGCUUCGCUGCCGGUGUGAACAGCACAAAUGAUUAACACGGGCGCGGAAAGGAGGGGGAUAGAAUUUGUUGUCAUUUGCUCGUCUGUGCUCCUGCUCUGCUCCAUGAUGAGGGGCUAUCCUCUCUUUCUGGGGCUCGAUCUGAGGGGACUGCUGCUGGUGUCUAUCACUGCUCUGCUGCUCGUGUACUUUCUGAACAAAAAGGAUGCUCCUAACUUUCCCCCGGGACCACUAGCACUCCCUCUUCUAGGAAACGUCUUCAGCAUCGAAGCCAAACAGCCUCACAUUUACCUCACCAAGCUCGCUGAUGUUUAUGGGAAUGUGUUCUGCAUUCGUCUGGGAAGACACAAAACAGUGUUUCUGUCUGGAUGGAAGAUGGUGAAGGAAGCUUUAGUGACACAGGCGGACAACUUUGUGGAUCGACCCUGCAGCCCAAUGGUUAACAGAAUUUAUUCAGGCAACUCAGCCGGUCUUUUCUUCAGUAACGGGAAGGUGUGGAGGAGACAGCGACGCUUCGCCAUGGCCAUGCUACGCACCUUUGGUCUGGCCAAGAGCUCCACAGAGCGGAGCAUCGGUGAAGAGAGCCAACAUCUGCAUGAGGAGAUGGAGAAGGAGAAAGGUAAGCCGUUCGACCCCGUGCCGGUCUUAAACAGCGCUGUAGCCAACAUCAUCUGUCAGAUAGUGUUUGGGAGACGGUUUGACUACAGCGAUCACGACUUUCAGAGCAUGCUGAAGGAUCUGACUGUGAUUGCCUACUUGGAAGGCUCCAUAUGGGCUCUACUUUAUGAUGCGUGCCCUGCUCUGAUGAAACACCUGCCCGGCCCUCACAACGGCAUCUUCAGCACCUCCAAAUCUCUGGUGGCAUCUAUCAGGAGAGAGAUAGAACGGCACAAGUUAGAUCUGAACCCCAGCGACCCCCGAGAUUACAUCGACACCUUCCUGAUAGAAGAGAAACACAACAGGCGCAGUGAACAGGGCUUUGAGGAAGGAAACCUGGCUCUGUGUUGCCUGGAUCUGUUCAUGGCCGGCAGCGAAACCACCUCAAAGACCCUGCAGUGGGGCCUGAUCUACCUCAUCAAGAACCCUAAUAUCCAAGAAAAAGUCCAGGCAGAGAUAGACGGAGUGAUCGGACAGAGCCGUCAGCCCACUAUGGCCGACAGACCAAACAUGCCCUACACUGACGCUGUCAUCCAUGAGAUCCAGAGGAUGGGAAACAUUGUUCCUCUGAAUGGACUCAGAGUAGCUGCCAAGGACACAACACUGGGUGGUUACUCCAUACCAAAGGGAACAUCUGUGAUGCCCAACCUCACUUCUGUGCUGUUUGACAAGACUGAGUGGGAAACUCCAGACACCUUCAACCCCGGACACUUCCUGGAUGCUGAGGGAAAGUUUGUGAGGAGGGAAGCGUUUUUACCUUUCUCUGCAGGAAAGCGGGCCUGCCUGGGAGAAGGACUGGCGAGAAUGGAGCUGUUCUUGUUCUUCGUCAAUUUGUUUCAGAAGUUUUGUUUUUCCACUCUGGAAGGAGUUGAGUUGAGGACAGAGGGAAUCACUGGAGCCACACGUUCUCCGUACCCCUUUAAGAUCUAUGCCAAGAGCCGAUAAAUCCUGUAACUGCUCCCCUGUACUAAAUACUAAUCCACAAUUUAUUUUACAGUUUCAUAAAUAGACAACAUCUGCUGCAACACUGGCUAGUUUUCCUUGCCAUCCAGAAAAACUGAUGAUGGAGAAAAUUGGUAAUGAGGUGGAACUGUAGCCUGCUCUUUGUUUUGCUGCUACACAGAAUCACAUAAUGAGUGACUGUGUGAUGAAUGAACCUCAUUGUGUAACCAGCAAGCAGCAGCAAAAUCUCCCUCUUUUGUUAUUGACAUGUGGACUCAUUUAUCACUUUCAGUUAAACUGUUGUUCACCAUAACAUUUUACUACAAUAAAAAAUGACUUAUUUUGUC